GAAGUUAUGUUUUUAUGGUUAUGUCUUCACAUAUGUGAAAGUUGAAACUAAAAUUUAGAAAUAUCGUAUUAAUUGUUUUCUAAGUAAUUCUGUACAAGGCAAAAUGAGUAAAAAAAACCCAUGUAUAUUACAAGCUGUCGUAUUUACAGAUACUUUUAACGAUGAGUUUUAUCCAUUAACCCAAGAUUUACCCUCCACUCUCAUACCACUUAUGGAUAAGCCCAUUCUAAGUCACACAUUGGAAGCUCUACAAGCAGGUGGGGUGCAAGAAGUAUUUCUUUUCUGCAAGUCUGGUAUCAGUGCAAUUCAAGAAUUCAUAAGGAAAGCUCAAGAAGAGAAAGUAUUAUGGUCUUUCCUCAAGAUAGAGCUCAUUAGAUCUGAGAGCUGUCGAACCCUUGGAGAUUGUCUCAGAGAUUUAGAUGGAAGAGGUUUAAUUAGAGGUGACUUUGUUCUUGUUGAACCAGGAGCUAUAGCAAAUAUUGACCUCCUUCCAAUUUUCAGGAAGCAUAAAGAAAUAACAAGAAAUGACAAAGGAGCAUGUUUAACAAUGAUUUGUAUGAAGACAGGAAUAGAACAAAAUAUGGAAUGUGAAGCAGAUGAUUGCAUGUAUGUUACAAGUCCAGAGGGUAAAUUAGUGUAUUAUAAAACUUAUUUUAAUGCAGCAGAUAGGAAGACGAGUGUUCCAAUGGACAUUAUCUUAAAAUAUGACCGACUCAGUUGGCAUCGUGGCCAGAGAGAUAUUCAUAUAUCCAUAUGUUCAGAGAAAUUUCUACCUCUUUUCUCAGACAAUUUCGAUUUCGAAACAAAGGAAGAGUUUAUUAAAAACUUAUUGAUGAACGAAGAUGUGAUGGAUUGUUCCAUGUAUGUACAUGAAAUAAGUGGAGUAUCUUACGGAGGCGCUAUAAUAAACUGGCAAAACUAUCAGUCCAUAAGUUUCGAAUUAUUUGACAUGAGCAUAAAAAAAUCUUCUAGUGGAUAUAAAGAAGUAAAUUCAAAAGAUUCCAAACUUAGAUCUAUCGUUGGUCCAAAUACUAGAAUUCCCAGUUCUGCUAAGGUUUCAAGGUGUAUUAUUGGGGAAAAUGUAACUAUUGGAAAGAAUGUGUGUUUAGAGGAUGCUAUAGUUUUUUCAAACUCUAAACUUGGUGAUAAUGUGAAAGUUAGGUUAAGUGUCAUCGGAUCAAAUUGUACUAUAAUGAACAAUUGUGAAAUUUUGAAUAAUUGUGUGUUAGGUAAUAAUGUACAAAUUAGUGAAAAAACAAUAGUGGAUAAGUGUUUGAUUCAAGCUACUCCGCCGGAAUUCUGUGAUGAAAAGGAUAUUUUAGGAGAUCAUGCAUACAUAGCAUCUAUCGAAAGAAGUGAUAUUCCAGAAAUGAAGACUACUGAAAAAGUGCAGCAAACACUACAAGAACUCUCAGAGUAUGUUGAAACGGACUCUGAAGACGAUGAGUCCUCUGGGCAAUCUCCAGAAGAGGAUACAGAUCUUUUUCUAAAUGAAGUUGUUGAAAGUUUGACGAGAGGUCUUGAAGACGAUGUUAACUGUGAAAACUUAAUUUUUGAAAUAAAUGGCUCUAGAUAUGCUUAUCACAUACCACUCGAAGAGGUGAACUUCUUCGUAAUAAAAGGUAUUCUGAAAAUAUUUUCACAAAAGACGUCCGAGAUCAAAUUUUUAGCAAAAAUUUUGUCAAAGUUCAAGAUGAUCCUUAAAAAUUAUAUUCGUAAUGAAGCAUCAAUGAAGGAUUGUUUAGCGGCAGUAGAGGAUCAAGCAGUUAGUAGCGGAGAGGAAGAUAAGGACUGGGUUUUGUUCAUUCUGAAAUGGUUUUAUCAAAAUGAUAUAUUAUCGGAAGAUGCAAUUCUGAACUGGGGUAAAGCUCUACAUCCAGAGGAGAAAUUAUAUAUUAAAAUACACCCGUUCUUGAAAUGGUUAGAAGAAGCAGAUGAGGAAUCGUCUGAAGAUGAAGAUUGAAAUUUUUAAGCUAUUUACGUUAAUACUAAAUAGAAUUUUUGAGACGAUUGAUAUAAAUCUAAUGAUAUAUGUUUAUCGACGAUGAUAACUAAUUGUGACUGAAAACUAAUAAAUUCUCAAAAGAAA